CGUCUCAAAAUACAAAAGCUUUCUUUGAACAAAUCAUAGUCAUCAGUCAGGAAGUUACAAAAUCCAUCCAAGGAUUAAUGGCAGGGAUUGGUAAAACAGCUCCUGAUUUUGAGGAUUUAUUGCCAGCGAUGGCGGAGAAGCUGGGUGGAGAAGGUCUGAUGAGGGAGCUGUGUAAUGGGUUCAAGCUGUUGAUGGAUGAGGACAAAGGGGUGAUCACUGCAGAGAGCUUGAAGAGGAAUGCGGCAAUGCUGGGGUUGCAUGAUUUCAGAGACGAUGAGCUUGUGAGCAUGGUGAGAGAAGGUGAUUUCGAUGGUGAUGGGGCUCUCAAUGAAAUGGAAUUUUGUGUAUUGAUGUUCAGAUUGAGCCCUGGAUUGAUGGAAGAGUCCCAGUUAUUGCUCGAGGAGAUUCUUCAAGACCAGCUCAAGACUGCUGGGUUCUAACGGGAUUUUGUUUGUCCCCCUCUUAUUUUCUUUUUAAUUUUUCAUUUUUCUCAUAGAUGACAAAAGGCCAUUUGGACAAUACACUACAUCGUUUAAAAUUUUUUAAUGAGUCCAUUUAUUUUGUCAUGUGCUGUCAAAUAAUACAUUGCCUUGGCAUAUAAUAGAAGCAUACGCAAUAUUUGACUUUUUCCUUUUUUUUUACCAGACAGGUAGUUAUUUGAUAGAAAUACUCAAAUC